AUGGUGCACAGCUUGAUUUUCGCCAGCCGACUGCCAUUGACGUUUUGGGGUGAUGCGGUUGAGUACGCGGCGUACAUCCUCGACCGCAGCCCAACGAGCGCGAAUGCGAAACGCGCGUCGCCGAUCGAGGUACUGACGAAGCAAGUGCCGGAUCUGCGCGACAUCGUCGCCUUUGGCUCUAUCUGCUCGGUCUACCGUGACCCAGGCAAGAACUCGCUCGCGCAGCGCGCACAAGUCGGCGUGAUCAUUGGGCGGAGCGACGAGACUAAGAGCUUUCGCGUCUUCCUCCAAAAGGAGAAUAAGGUCACGAUCACGCAGCAUGUGCGCAACGUCGAGACGCUCAGCUCAGAGCAGAACGGUCAGCUGCAGCGCGCGCUCGAGUAUGAAGAUCGAAUCAUGGAGCCAGCGGCAACAGCAAUAACAAGCAAAGAGUCGCCGGCUUCUUACGAUGCCGCAUCGCUGACGAUACGCAUCGGCAAGGAAAAAUCGAAGUCGUGGACACGCGCGGCUCACCGGACGCGCGGCGCAACCAAACGCGCACAGGCGACCGGCGAUCAGGAGGAGCCAGCUGGCGACGACAGCGUGGUGGCUCAGGUGUAUGAGUGCGAUCCCAAAAACUACGAUGAAGCACUACGUAGCACUAAGCGUGAAGGCUGGGAAGAGUCCAUGCGCGAAGAGCUCCAAGCCCUAGAAGACAAUGGCGUGUGGCGCUUGAUCAAGCGACCUCCGGGCAGCAACACUCUGCACACGAAGUGGGCCUUCAAGACCAAGACCGACGCGCACGGUGAGAUAGAGCGCCUGAAGGCUCGACUGGUGACCUUGGCGCAUGCGGCGACAUGGGGUGUCCCAGCAAAGCAUGGCGACAUCCCCAACGCGUAUGUCAAGGCUGGCAAGGAACAGCAGUUGGAUAUACUACUACAGAUGCCGCGGGCAAUGACAAUCGAUCAAGACGUGCUCAAGAUGGUAGGCGCAGUGACAAAGAAGGGAGUAGUACUGCAGCUACGAAAGAGCCUGUACGGCCUCAAGCAGGCUGGCCGACUCUGGAGCCAGCUCCCUGCAGGCUCGGCUGCUCGAAGCCGACUAGCUUCCGGCAAUGCAUUUCCGACAUGUGUCUAUACUACCAAGUCGAGGGUGGGCAGUUGGUCAUCGUGGGCGUCUACGUCGACGGCCUACUUUCUACCGGCACGAACGCUGCAGCCGUCGACCGAUUCUUUGUCAAGCUCGGCAGCUCGUCGAUCAAGGACCUCGACUGAGGCGAUCGGCGAGCUCGUGCGUGAGAAUGGGCUCGAGGACGCGAGCUUGACGAAAGCACUAAUUGGCUCUGACUGCUACGACGUGCUAUCAGAUGACAGCACGCUGCUCACCGUGACUACGAUGCAUGAAGAGCCACCGAUCACAACUUUCCAGUCCAUUGUCGGCAGUCUUCUGUGGAUCGCGUGCUGCCCACAAGCGGACUUGCCUUCGCCGUGCAUAAGGCGAUGCGUCAGCCUCAUCAGCCGCAACUCCACGACAUGA